AUGGCGACCACUCCUGUAUCCAUCUCUCGUCCAGCAACCGCUCCUGUCAGACAAACAGCCGCACAUCCAUACCCAGUGCCUAAGCCUGGUGUCUACGUUCCAGCAAUCACUUUCUUCGACAGCAAAGACAGAAUAUGUCCAGCUGAACAGAAACGCUACUAUGAAUACCUCUCAAAGACCGGUCUGAAUGGACUUGUCAUCCUAGGCACGAACGCUGAGACGUUUCUCCUUACUCGCGAUGAGCGUAAACAGCUUCUUCAACUCGCACGCUCGACGGUUGGACCAGGAUAUCCCAUCAUCGCUGGUGUGGGAGGUCACUCAACUGCUCAGGUGCUAGAGUACAUCAACGACGCAUACGAGGCUGGUGCAGAUUAUGCACUCGUCCUGCCAUGUGCAUACUUUGGCAAGCAAACCACGCCAGAAGUGGUCAAGGUGUUCUUCUCACAGGUCGCGGACGAAUCGCCCAUACCUGUCAUUGUCUACAAUUUCCCUGCUGUCUGCAAUGGCUUGGAUCUUGACUCUGAGAUCAUCACGGAAAUCGCACAGCAUCCGAAAGUUGUCGGUGUGAAGUUGACUUGUGGCUCCGUAGCCAAGAUAGCCAGAUUAGCGGCUACCUUUGACGUUGAGAGAUUCGCUGUCUUUGGAGGACAGUCUGAUUUCCUCGUCGGAGGUCUUGCUGUCGGAAGUGCUGGAUGCAUCGCUGCUUUUGGCAAUAUCUUCCCACACCUGGUGGUGAAAAUAUACAAUCUCUAUGCUCGAGGUGAUGUAGAGGAGGCGAAGAGACUACAAAAGAUUGCUGCGUUGGCUGAGAGUCCCACCAAGGCGGGAAUCGCAAAUACGAAGUAUGCUGCGGCAGAGUUCACGGCUUCGAAGGCUGGGAUUAAGAAUGCUGUUGAGUUGCUCAAGCCGAGAAGGCCGUAUUUCGAGCCGAAUGAGGCGGCGAAGAAGAAGAUUAGGGAGACGAUGGUACUUGCGAAUGAGAUUGAGGUUAGCUUGGCGAAUGUAAGACAAAGUCGUUUGUGA